CAAACUAGUUGGGAAAAAAUUGAAGUAUAUACACAUCAAAUUGUAGCUUCUCUGUAAUAUUAUGGCGAACAAAAUGAGUGUAAUGUUUGUCAUGGGGUUUUUCAUCAUAAGCCUCAUCUCAGUUACAUCUGCAAUUUCUGGAACUGCCACUUAUUACACAGUUUACAAACCAUCUGCAUGCUACGGGUACCAAGAGGAGGGCACAAUGAUAGGUGCUGCAAGCGACGCAUUGUAUGCGAAUGGGGCUGCAUGUGGUAAAAUGUAUAAGAUCACAUGCACAGGUCCUACCAACCAAGGUGUGCCUCAACCAUGCAAGGGUGGGAGUGUUACUGUCAAGAUUGUGGAUCGUUGCCCUUCCCCCGCUUGCAAAUCCACCAUUGAUCUCUCCCAAGAAGCUUUCUCUGCAAUCGCUGACCUCAAUGCUGGAAAAAUUAACAUCGACUACACCCAGAUGUGACGCUCGCUCGUAGGAGAAAUCAAUAACCCUGCUCCUUCUGUCUGCAUGCAGAGCUAUUGAACUUACAUUAUAUAUUGUACUA